GUUGCGUCGCCGGCGAAGUUUUGCGCUUUGCCGCGGAGCUCGUUCGGUUAUGCCUCGACAUGGCUACUCUUGGUUGAGGUGCUGGUUGGAGGGGUCGGAUGAAACGUGCGCUCGUCGUUGUUUGCUGUUGGCAAAGUGGGCGAGGACGUGCGACGGUCUUUUGACACCGCUAGGUGAGCGUUCCCGUAGUUGAUGACUUGGGCAUUCGCUUCCCUCGCCUCCAUCCCCUUUGCCGAGAGCGUCCAGCGGUGGGGGACAUUACGCGCGACGGCGAGAACGUAUCGAGGUUGGGCGAUCGAGCUACCCCACAGCGGACGCCGAAACGCUGGGAGCGACGGGUGCGGGUCUUGUCCAUGGACGGCUGGAACGAUCAAGGCAUCAGGGAAUCCGGCGCCGGCACUGUCAACCAUGAACGUCUCUGCCCUGAUGGCGGCCAUCACCCGGGGCCGACGGGGUUCAACACGUACUGUACAUGUAGAGCACGAACGACGAGUCCCUUCCACAGCGCGCGAUCAAUCGAAGGCGGGCACUGCAAGGCUUUCUUGCUCGGAGUGCCCGGUUCCGAAUAUUCCACAACGAACAUUCGAUCAACCUAUUCGAGCAGCUUACGUCAUCCACAAGCAACAUCGACGGCAUAGCGGUCCCCCAAGGCAAGCCUGGCCUUGUCUUCGCCUUGGGAUUUGAGGCGCUCGACAGUCGACUGUCUGAAUCCUACCCGCAU